UUUGUAAAAGGAAGGAACAUCCAAUUGAAAAAGAACGUGUUGAGGCUUCAAACUCAACUUGAGAAGUGUCAAAAAUAUCUGACUUCUACUGAAAAAAAGGAAAAACAAGUCAGACACAAGCUAAGGGGGACAAGAUCUGCUUCCUCAAAACUGAAACAGAAAUUGUAAGGCAACAGUGAAAUCGCCAAAAAGGGGUAUUCCCACAAAGGAAGAGAAGAGAGGCACAUAAUGGGUGUUCAGACCUGGUGUCCAAUAGAGAGCAAGCCAAGAGCUUAUGUCCUUGCAAACAGCCUAAGAGGAAGUGGGAAAACACCAGUCUGA